AACUCAAGAAAAUUGAAGUAAAUCAUAAAUUAUCCAUAAAUAACAUAUUAAUUGAAGGCUUCUUCCUUUCAAUUAAGUUUCUUCACUCUCCACUCGAUAACACAAACUUCAUUCUACACAAUUAGAAAGAAAAAAUUAGACAUGUCUCCACAAACAUAAAUAAGAUUAGUUGUUUAAAAUAUUAAAUAUACCGAGAAAAUUAAUUAUAUGUGUGGGCGGGUACCCACGGGUCGGGUUUACCUAAACCCAAACCCAACCCAACCCGGUGAAUAGUGAACGGGUUUAAACCCAAACCCGACCCAAAACCCGUCAACACGGAUUUUACCCGCGUUGACCGGGUUGGGUCGGGUGGGUACCCGUGGGUUCGGGUUUGGUUGCCAUCCCUACAUUGGAUUCUGUUGAAGGCUUCCAGUAAGCACCUAGUUGGUUGGUUUGGUCCCCUGCCAGCCACUGUUCAAACUUCAAAGCCAACUCCCACAGCUCACCACUUCUCACUUCUCUUUACAUUACGCUGCUACGCGUUCCCAAAAUGGUGUGAGCUACGGCCAGGCUGGGAAUUAGUGGCUAUCCACUCACUCUUUUCUACAGCCAGCAGGUGCAGCUAUAUAUAACCGCAGUCCACCGUUCCAGUUUUCUCCACCAUCCUCUCCACCAUUUCUCAGCUCUUCUCAUUUCCUCACCUUCGAGAUUGAAAUAGAAACUUACCAUGGAGAUUCCCUCAACACGCUUCCUUCCCCACAUUCUCAUCCUCUGCACUCUGCUCCAUUUGGGCUGCUCUGCCGCCAGAACGAUCAAUGCCGCCGGCCAAACAGCCGGCAGCAGCGACGACGAUACGGCGUUUCAGUAUCACAAUGGCGCUCUUCUCACGGGCAAAAUCGCCGUCAAUCUCAUAUGGUACGGGAAAUUCAAGCCAUCCCAGCGCGCCGUCGUCUCCGAUUUCAUCACGUCCCUCACUUCUUCCCCUGCAUCCUCUUCCUCCAAGCAGCAGCAUCCCUCUGUCCAGAGCUGGUGGAAAUCCACUGAAAAGUACUACCACCUCAUCAAAUCUUCCAGUAAACAACAACACUCUUCUCUAUCGCUACCUUUGAGCAGCCAGAUCGUCGACGAGAGCUACUCAAUGGGGAAAUCCCUCUCCUCCAAGCAAAUCGUGCAAUUGGCGUCAAAAGGCGCCCAAUCCAACGCCAUCAACGUCGUCCUGACCUCCUCCGACGUCGCCGUGGAAGGGUUCUGCUCCAGCAAGUGCGGAACCCACGGAUCUUCUUUCAGCACUGCUGCUACCCGGAAAAUCAGUGGCGGGGAGAAGAAGGUGUCCAAGUUUGCUUACAUAUGGGUAGGGAACUCGGAGAAGCAGUGUCCAGGGCAAUGCGCUUGGCCGUUCCACCAGCCAAUCUACGGCCCGCAGUCCCUUCCUCUGGUCUCCCCAAACAACGACGUCGGAAUGGACGGGAUCAUCAUCAAUCUGGCCGGUCUCCUGGCCGGAACCGCGACCAACCCGUUUGGGAACGGCUACUUCCAGGGUCCCAAAGAGGCGCCAUUGGAGGCUGCAUCCGCCUGCACUGGUGUUUACGGCAAGGGAGCCUACCCGGGAUAUGCCGGGGAGCUCUUGCUGGAUUCUACAACAGGGGCUAGCUACAAUGCCAAUGGAGUGAACGCCAGGAAGUACCUGCUCCCUGCGCUCUUCGAUCCUGCUUCCGCGGCUUGUUCUACUCUCGUCUGAAACAACAGGCGAAAUACGACUACUUACCUAGAGCUCCAUGGCACACUAUUUUGAAGAAGAAAAAAAAUGUACUAGU